AUGACAAAUUGGAAUGAGUUAGAAGAGAAGUUUCUUGAAAGAUUUUUUCCACAAUUAAGGUUGUUGGAAGCCAAAACAACUAUUUCAGUAUUCUCUCAAGGUGUUAAUGAAUCUCUUAAUGAAGCAUGGGAGAGGUAUAAGUCAAUGCUUAGGAAGUGCCCUAGUCAUGGCUUUGAUGAGCUUACUCAAAUUCAUAUUUUUCGUGAUGGUCUUCAACCUCAACCCAAACUUUUGUUGGAUGCUACUGCUGGAGGUUCUUUAAUGGCGAAGACGAAAGAGGAAGCAAUUGAAAUAAUUGAAAAAAUGGCAAGAAAUGAUUAUCAUGUUCAACACAAUCAGGGGAAUCCACAAAGGAAACCCGAGAUUAUUAAGCUUGGUACCAACGAUGCAAUUCUUGCUCAAAAUAAGUUACUUUCUCAACAAGUGGAGGAGCUUACCAAGCAAAUGACAAGGCUUCCCCAACAACUUAAAGAGUUACAAGAACUUCCUAACAAGAACAAACAAGUUGCUCUAUGUGAACUUUGUAGUGGAGAACACCCUAGCGGAUAUUGUCCACCGGUUAAUGAAGAGGCGAAUUACAUGAGUAAUCAAAAUCAAGGAGGCUACCAACAAAGACAAGCUCCUUAUCAAAAUCAAGGGGGGUAUCAACAAAGACAAAAUAUGCAACCUUAUGGUCAACGGUGGAGACCGGAGAAUUUCAACAGACAAAAUCCAUAUCAAAAUCCACCUCCUCAAGAAAAGCCUUCAAAGUUGGAGGAAACAUUGACUCAAUUUAUGCAAGCCUCAAUGGCGAAUCAAAAGAUUAAUGAAGCGGCGAUUAAGAAUCUAGAGACUCAAGUGGGUCAAUUAGCCAAGCAAUUGUCCGAACAACAAAUUGGACCAUCAUUUUCAGCAAACACUCAACACGUAACAUUGAGGUACCAGCCUCAUCAGCAGCCGCCCGAGCAUCAACUCUAUCAAUGA